AGCCCCGUCCUGGUAAACUGACUGAACGAAAAGUCUCGUACAUUAUUGACGACUUUCUACAGACUAGAUUUAUCUUUUUCUCGAGAAACGGAUCUGUCAGUUAGGCUCGUCAACAAGUUGGAUUUCACGUUGUCCCAUCGCUGUCAUUUGGGUGAUGUAUUCUCACAUUUGAUAGAGCUGAACAGCUCGCUAGCUGUUUGGCUAGCUUGCCGUGCGUGACUCAAAGUCAGAUAGGGAGCAAUUGUUAUUUUAACAACAUCCACAUUUAGGUGCGUAACCAUAAAUUAACAACAACACUUGGACUUGUUUUAAAUUUAAAUGAGUCAGUGCCGCAACUGAGGCGUAUCACUUGUAUCGUCGCUUUCCCAUUGAAGAGAGUUCAAGGGUUUGAAUGAAUUAGCCAGGAGAAACACCAAUCAUUCGGACUACAGAGCUUCACACUCACACGCUGCAUUAACCUAUUUUAUUCAUAACACACUCGUUUGAUACAUUGUUUGUUUAUUUAACACCAAUCCAAUUCAUAAUUAGUAGCUUUGCCAACUAGUGUGUGAGUCCGUGGUAGUUAGCCCGCUAGCUCGGUGUGUUUGAACUCACCCAUCGCCUGUUAAACCUGCACCUUCCGAGCAUCUGAAAGUAAUUUGUUUCGUGUUGAGGCCGACUUGAGGAAACACCCCUGCAAACAUGCCGGCUGUGUCGAAGGGAGACGGAAUGCGAGGAUUAGCGGUGUUCAUUUCGGACAUCAGGAAUUGUAAGAGUAAAGAAGCUGAGAUCAAACGCAUAAAUAAAGAGUUGGCCAACAUCCGCUCCAAGUUUAAAGGAGACAAAGCUUUGGAUGGCUACAGCAAGAAGAAAUAUGUGUGCAAACUACUCUUCAUCUUCCUUCUGGGCCACGACAUUGACUUUGGCCACAUGGAGGCUGUCAACCUGCUCAGUUCCAACAAAUAUACAGAGAAACAGAUCGGUUAUCUGUUCAUCUCUGUGCUGGUGAACAGCAACAGUGAACUGAUCAGGCUGAUUAACAAUGCCAUCAAGAAUGACCUGUCAAGCAGAAACCCCACCUUCAUGUGUCUGGCGCUUCACUGCAUCGCUAAUGUGGGCAGCAGAGAGAUGGCUGAGGCCUUCGCUGGAGAGAUCCCGCGCAUCCUUGUGGCUGGUGACACGAUGGAUAGUGUGAAGCAGUCUGCUGCUCUGUGUCUACUCCGCCUGUAUAAGACUUCCCCAGAUCUGGUGCUCAUGGGGGAAUGGACCUCUAGAGUGGUGCAUCUGCUCAAUGACCAGCACAUGGGUGUGGUGACUGCUGCAAUCUCCUUGAUCACCUGUCUCAGCCAGAAGAACCCAGAUGAGUUCAAGACCUGUGUGUCACUUGCCGUGUCUCGUCUUAGCAGGAUUGUGUCCUCAGCCUCCACUGACUUGCAAGACUACACUUAUUACUUCGUGCCUGCUCCUUGGCUUUCUUGCAAGUUGCUGCGACUGCUGCAGUGCUACCCUCCACCUGAGGAUGGCGCUGUGAAGGGACGGCUGGUGGAGUGUCUGGAGACCAUCCUCAACAAAGCCCAAGAGCCACCCAAGUCCAAGAAGGUUCAGCACUCCAACGCCAAGAAUGCCAUCCUGUUUGAAGCCAUCUCUCUCAUAAUUCACUAUGAUAGUGAGCCGAAUCUUCUUGUGCGUGCGUGUAAUCAGCUGGGGCAGUUCUUACAGCAUAGAGAGACUAACCUGCGCUACCUGGCCCUGGAGAGCAUGUGCACGCUUGCCAGCUCUGAGUUUUCCCACGAGGCAGUCAAAACACACAUAGAGACAGUCAUCAAUGCCCUGAAGACUGAGAGGGAUGUCAGUGUGCGUCAGAGAGCUGCUGACCUGCUCUAUGCCAUGUGCGACCGCAGCAAUGCCAAACAGAUUGUCGCAGAGAUGUUGAGUUACCUGGAGACAGCCGACUACUCUAUCAGAGAGGAGAUGGUUCUGAAAGUGGCCAUCCUGGCAGAGAAAUAUGCAGUAGACUACUCCUGGUAUGUGGACACCAUUCUGAAUCUCAUCCGCAUUGCUGGUGAUUACGUCAGUGAGGAAGUGUGGUAUCGUGUCAUCCAGAUCGUCAUCAAUCGUGAUGAUGUGCAGGGAUAUGCAGCCAAGACAGUCUUUGAGGCUUUGCAGGCUCCAGCAUGUCAUGAGAAUAUGGUGAAAGUUGGAGGAUACAUCCUUGGAGAGUUUGGUAAUCUUAUUGCUGGAGAUCCUCGUUCCAGUCCUCUGGUUCAGUUUAACCUGCUCCACUCUAAGUUUCACCUAUGUUCGGUUCCCACUCGUGCCCUACUGCUUUCUGCCUAUAUUAAGUUCAUUAAUCUGUUUCCGGAGACAAAAAGCACCAUUCAGGAAGUGCUGCGCUCUGACAGCCAGAUCAGGAAUAGUGAUGUAGAGCUUCAGCAGAGAGCUGUGGAGUAUCUCAAACUUUCCUCCAUUGCUAGCACUGAUGUGUUGGCCACAGUGCUGGAGGAGAUGCCACCAUUCCCAGAGAGAGAGUCAUCCAUCCUGGCCAAACUGAAAAAGAAGAAAGGACCAGGAGCCGUAUCUGUGAAUGAACUAGAGGAGGGAAAAAGAGAGGGAGGGGAACUCAAUGGAGGGGGAGAGAGAGGAGACAGCUCUGCCAUUGCUGCAUCUAAUGCUUCCACUCCAUCCCCAUCUGCUGACCUUCUGGGGAUCCGCACGGGCCCUCCUGUUGCUGCUGCUGCUGCUUCCAGUGCAGGCAGCUUAUUGGUUGAUGUUUUCUCAGAGGCUGGUAUCAAUGAUGAUGGCUUCCUGAGAGAUCUGGAACCUCCCACUGAAAGCUCUGAAUCCCUAUUGGCUGAGGGUCCUGGUGACUCUGAUUCUGCUCCCCCUUCUGCGGUCUCUGAAGAUCCUGCUCCUCUGCCUGAGUCAAACGAACUGCUCAACAAGUUUGUAUGUAAAAACAAUGGAGUUCUGUUCGAGAAUCAGCUGCUACAGAUAGGCAUCAAGUCUGAAUAUCGUCAGAACCUGGGGCGGAUGUAUCUGUUCUAUGGCAAUAAGACAUCAGUGCAGUUUGUAAACUUUACCACCACAGUCACCUGCCCAGGAGAGCUACAGUCUCAGCUCAAUGUUCAGACUAAACUAGUGGAGCCUCUCAUAGAAGGAGGUGCGCAGGUGCAGCAGGUCAUCAACAUCGAGUGUUUGUCUGAGUUCACUGAUGCACCACUUCUCAACAUUAAGUUCAGGUAUGGUGGAGCUCUACAGAACCUCACACUCAAGCUGCCCGUUACCAUAAAUAAGUUCUUCCAACCCACAGAGAUGGCGUCACAUGACUUCUUUCAACGCUGGAAACAGCUCAGCCUGCCACAGCAAGAAGCACAGAAGAUCUUCAAGUCCAACAACGCAAUGGACCCUGAAGUACUCAAAGCUAAGUUACUGGGAUUGGGCAUGGCUCUCCUGGAGAAUGUGGAUCCGAACCCUGAAAAUUUUGUGUGUGCUGGAGUGAUCCAAACCAAGGCCCAGCAAGUUGGAUCUCUGUUAAGACUCGAGCCCAACACACAGGCUCAGAUGUACCGGUUGACUCUGCGCAGCAGUAAGGACACUGUCUCCAAGCGUCUUUGUGAGCUGCUUGCAGAACAGUUCUAGACAGCGAGCUAAGACCAGCACCAUCUAGAACCAACGACCAGACCAGCGUUCCACCUGAAAGACCCCAGAAUAAAGAUUCAACAAAAGCAUUCAUGCAUAAGGGAAAAAGUAGCUGUCUGCCUCUGGCAGCCAUAUUACUGUCCUUCUGAUAAUGAUUAUUAUUAUUACUGUUAUUAUCAUCAGCUCUGCCCUUGUUUUUAUUGAUGUUUACCUGUGUGUGAGCAAUGGAGUGAAAGGAAGUGCAUGUAUGUUUUUUCGUACAUGUGUGAAAGAGUCAUGGUGUUAGUUCUGUUCUCCGUCCUGCCUGUUUAACGAUCAACUCCUGUGCUUGUGUUGACUGCUGGUGUGUGUUGUGGUUUGGGGGGAGGGUGAAAAGUAAAGAAAAAGAUGCAAUUUGAGGAAGCCUUCCCUCUUUCCUGUUUUAUCCAUUAAGUUUCAACCUUAAGCCACUCACACAUAUGUUGGACUGCACAUUAUCUGUUUCUUUGGAACAUUCCUUUUUUGACAGUUAUUGAGUGGACUGGGUAAGUCUGUUAGCAGGGCAGAAAAACACAAUCUCAAUACACUAAAAGAAAUGGCACUUCCUUUUAAAGAGGCCAGAAUCACUAAUCCCAUCCCUUUAUCUCUCCUUUUCCUCCUCCACUGAAGUCUGUCAUAUCCAGAGCCAUUGGUGUACAUAGCAAAAGAAAAAGAUAUUCCAGGAGUAUCCUACAAGCAUUUCCAAUUCAUGCCACCAUGGUCCUUCUGACAUAAAAAUGGCCAGUGCACUUUAAGAGGCUUUGCGAGGAAAGGCUUUUAUAGUCCCAACCCCUUUUCCUGUACUUGUCCUAUGUAUUCAAUACUCGUCCUGACCGCGUACCUGACACAAUGAUUAUUGAAAAACAAAUCUCUAUAUAUAAAUAUAUAUAUAUAUAUAAAACCAUGUAAAUGAUUUCCCUUCAUGGUUGCAUUUGUAUGUCUGUUGUUUUUGAUAGUGGUAUACUGUCAGUGUGUUUUCUUAAGUGGUUGAUGUUUUUGCUCUUCUUUUGAACAUUGCAUUCUGUACUAUGAGUGAAUGGGCAUAAUGUUUCAGGUUUGUCGUACAGUGUUAAACAAGGUGGCGUGGAAUGAGAAUAAGACAGUUUAGCAGAGGGAAGGUCAGGUCCCUGUGUGCGCCUGCACACACACACAUGAAGAGUGCAACAGCAAUGGACUUAUAUGUCUCAAUUUUUCUUUUUUUUUUAAAUAACUUGAAAGAAAAAAAAAACAUAUGGAGGACUUUAACAUCAUCUGUUCAUCCUCCAGCACAGUUAUUGACUGAAAUUAAUAGUAGAUAGUGGUUACCUCAUUACUAAAUCCUUACACGGCACACAAUUAUCUUUGCUCUGUUGAGUGGUGAUUGGCCUCCCAUGUAGACCCAUAUUUGCUUGUCUUGCAGCAAUAAAACCUGGGAAAGUACUUAGUUUGUGAAAAGUUGUGCAAGAAAUUUGUCACAUGCACACAGUUGUACACACACAUAAGCAUGCAUUCUUAGGCUUAGAGGACGGGGGCUUCGGGGAGCACUGGACCAAAGCAGCUGCCAACUGUCAAUCACAUACAGGGAUCAUUAUUAUUUUGGUCAGCAUUGUGUGGCGAGCGAAUGUGUGGUAUAUUCUGUGCGUGUAGUGUGUGAUCCAUGUAAAACAAUAUUAUGAAAUGUAUAGGACAUUGUCAUAUUAGUUCAAUUUAAGGGGUCAUGCUUCCCUCAAUGCAGAGAUGCAGUACUGGGGACAUUGUCAUUGUAGUUGAUUAUAGAGUCACAGUCAUGGCGUGUGUGUUUCUGUGUGUGUCUAUGCCGUAUCCGCUAGUUAAUGCAGCCCCAGAGUAUCGCUGUUCAACCUGUCAGAUACCUGUGUUAGAUUAAAUUUACUCUGUACUGAAUAAUGUGAAAGUAAAAUUAUGCCAUAUACUCGAACCAGGUGUUUUCAUUGACUGUUUUAGGGGUG